AUGUUAGACGGGGUAUUUGAUAGAAAUUUCAAAGACCAACGUCUGGCUAAAGUUGAGGAACUGACGGAGGCUCGUAAAGAAAAAAUGGUUAAAAAAGUGAAACAGAGCCACAGGGAUUUAGAUGAUAUGGUGAAAAAAAUGGAAGAAUUGACGAAAAAGUUACAAAUGAUUAUAGAGGCGCAGGCUGAUGAAAUUAAUUAUAAACUUAAAAACUCGAAAUACAGUGACGACGAUUUUGAAGUAUUACCCCUUGAUGCGGAUGAUGUUGAAAAUGAAGUUCCUAAUUUUAUGGCUCCGGUCUCUGAUAAUGCUGCUUUUGGUGCUAGGAAAAAAAAUUUUACUGAUACGAAGGCCUCCUGUGCUGAUGUCGAAGAAGAAAGUUUUGAGAUAAUAUCUCGCUCUGAGGUUGAAAAAGAUUGUCCUGAAAUUGAGGAGCUCACCAUGGAGGCAAUAAAGAAAGAACUGGCUGAUAUACCUCAGGCUGAGAUUGGUAAAAAAAUGAAAACUCGCGCCAAACAUGUUAAAAAACAGACCUUAGAUACAAAAUUUAUUGAGGAAAGAUUGAGAACCUUAGAAAAACAACUUGAAGAAAAUGAAAAAAAAAUUGCCAAAAAAAGUGUAAGGAAAGAAAAAUCUCGGAAAAAACAUGAUAGUAGUAGCGACAGCUUUGAAUUUAUCAGAGACGACGAAAUUGAGGAGGCGAAAGCGAAACAUUAA